AUGCACGGUGAUCAGGACGGUGAAAGCAGCAUCGCCAACAACAACAACCAUCAUUAUCAUCAUCAUCAUCAUCCUCCUCCUCUUCCCCUCCUGCAGCACUCUGAUCAGGAAGACUCUGAUACUUUGAUGCCUCCGACGAAAACUGUGAUCGGAAGAGCUCUUGGCAAUGAUUGCCAUUUGGGUAGUGGUUCUCACGCUGGUGCCGCGACCCACGCUGGUGUCGGGAAUGCGUUGACUGACACUCCGGUAUCUACCGCGCCUCCAUCACCCCAAAUUAUCCCAAGAUCCUAUAGUUCUGGCGCCUCAACCCCUGGAAAGAUCCGUGCCACGACCCUCGAUAUUCCUGGCCUUACCAAGUCCAAGGUUUCUCCCGAUGGCCGUAUUGCUCAGCGCGAUGUUGGCUCCAAACUCGUCAUCGUUAUGGUGGGCCUGCCCGCCAGGGGCAAGAGCUACAUCACCAAGAAGCUGUCGCGCUACUUGAACUGGCUGCAGCACGAUACCAGAAUCUUCAACGUGGGAGAGCGUCGUCGUGUGGCUGCUAGCGGCGGUGGACUUGAUGAGCCCAAGGAGCCUCUGCAGGUCCCCAAAGUACACGAGCCGGAAGAGAGGUCUGAAGACGAAUCCGGACACAGCUCUGACCAAAAGUCCGAAGUCGACUCUGAAAAGGAGCUUGGAAAAGACCCGGGAGCCGUCGAAGAACUGAGAGAUUCUGUUCGUGAAAUGGUGACCGACAAGAAGCUUGCGGAGAAAGAAGAAGUCCGCAAACAAGUUGAAGCUACUCUUGCGGUCCCUUCGGCCAGAAUCCUAGUCAAUGGCCAGCCUUUGGAGGAUCCGCGAAAGGGGUUGCAAGACGCUAGUCCGAUGACUGUUGGUCCUUCCACGCCCGCCAAAGGACAGUCAGGUGUCCCAAGUCCAGAGACCUUGGGCCAUGCUGGCAAGUCCGAGAAGCAGAAGGCCGUUGACGGUGAAGAGCAGGAAGUAAUGGACCAGUCCGCUGUUUUUUUCGACCCUAAAAAUGAACGUGCGUUGCAGCUCAGAGAGAGGGUGGCUCUGGAGACCUUGGAUGAGCUCCUAGACUACAUUCUCGAGCAGGGCGGAAGUGUUGGUAUCCUCGACGCUACUAACAGCACCAUCAAGCGUCGCAAGACUAUCAUGGAGCACAUUCGUGCGAAGGCCGGACCGGCUUUAAACGUUCUUUUCGUGGAGAGCCAGUGCUUGGACCAGAAUUUGUUGGAAUCAAACAUGCUCCUCAAGCUCUCUGGUCCAGACUACAAGGGUAUGGAUCCAACUGUUGCCUUGGCAGACUUCAAGAAGCGUGUGAAGCUGUACGAAAAUUCAUACGUGCCUCUCGGGGAAUAUGAAGAAGCGAAUAACAUCCCGUAUGUCAAGACCAUUGACGUCUGCCGAAAAGUUGUGUCAUUUGAGGUGAACGGCUUCCUGUCUUCCCAGGUCGUGUAUUACCUCCUCAACUUCAAUCUGUCGCCUCGACAGAUUUGGAUUUCUCGCCACGGCGAGAGUUUAGAUGAUGUCGCCGGUAAAAUCGGAGGGGACUCCCCACUUAGCGGGAACGGUGUCCGUUAUGCUCACGCUCUCGCAAAUUUUAUUGAUUUUAGACGCGGUAUGUGGGAGGUUACCCGAAAAAACAAGGCGAAAUCGAGCCAUUUCCCACCUCGCCCUGGCGACAGCACUCCUCCGAACCCGCAGCGCACUCCCUAUGACGUUGAGACCGACCUCAACUUCUGCGUCUGGACAUCUAUGAUGCAACGCUCUAUCCAGACUGCACAGUUCUUCAACGAGGAUAAAUACGACGUCAAGGAGAUGCGCAUGCUAGACGAACUGAACGCUGGCCAGAUGGAGGGCAUGACAUAUAGAGAAAUUCGUGGGAAGUACCCCGAAGAUUACGCCUUACGUCGUCGGCAGAAACUCCACUAUCGCUACCCCGGCGUUGGUGGAGAAGGAUAUCUCGACGUCAUCAACCGUCUGCGUGCAGUCAUCGUCGAAGUCGAACGGAUGACCGACCAUGUCCUGCUUGUUGGCCAUCGAUCUGUCGCCAGGGUGUUACUCGCGUACUUCCUUGGAUUGAAGAGGGAGAUUCUUACCGACCUGGACGUUCCGCUUGGGACAAUCUACUCUAUCGAACCUAAACCGUACGGCGUUGAAUUCAAAGUCUUCCGAUACAACCCGUCAACGGAAUGGUUCGAUGAGCUUCCAAAUUAUGAGCUGAAGCAUGAGACUUAUUAUUAGUCUCCACUUGUCGACCUGUUUGUUCGACUUCUUAUGCUUCAGGACUCAUAAACAUUUAGCCUGCCAGCCUUUUGUUGUUUUCUAUGCAGGGAUAUCCAUAAGAAUGUUGCUCUCAAAUACCCUUCUCACUUAUAGUUGAGAUCUGCUAGAGUAUGGAGUUAGGCACCUGUUCUACCCUUUGGGUCUAUUCCCCACUUACUUUUUGCUUUAAUCCUUUAAAUAGCCCGCCUCAGUCUCCUUUUUUCUAGAUUCUUUUUUCUUAUAUUCUGGGUUUAUUGGUCUUUCUAACUUGUCUUUUAGAUGCUUUUUCUCUUUUUGUAUUUUUCCUAUUUUCCGGUAAUGCAUGGUCCCUGGUGUUGGUAUGAUGAGCUUAGUAACUGACAUGAAGAACUCUGGGAGGACGAGAGACGGAUCAACAGCAUUUGGGAGGGCGUUCAGUUCGGACGGUCUUGGGCUUUGGUUGUGACUGCAUCAUCGUCUGGUUUUGGCUGCUUGAUUUCUCCUUCUUAUUUUGACCCGGUGCAGUGUAAGUUUCGAAUAAUGGAACGUCUUGUAGGAGUGCAUCUGUCCUUCUGUCCUUCUUCGCGUUGUAAGUGGCUUUUAACCUGGCAACGGACUCGGUGUGAAAUUUGAGCGGUGAUGACUUUUUGCGAAAAAAAAAGAGAGAGAGAGAUGAGCUCAAGUGACAAUCGCAUACAUUGAUUUACUGUUUG